AUGACAAGAGCUGGCGACGGCACCAACGUGUUGGGGGCCAUGGCACGGGCAAAGCGGGAAGAUGAAGCUGAUGGGUUUUGGCUUGACAACCAGGCCUUCAUUGUAUUUGGAAGGCAAGUAGAUACACCUCCAGUUCGAGCUGGAACGGCCAUGUUGCUGUUGGACCCACGCCAGUCCCGUGCAGUUGAGCGCGAUUCCCGUUCUUUGAAUGGCCGCGAGCAACAAUGGCUGAAGCGCUACUGCGAAAUCAGGGGCAACCUUCUGCUCUAUACUUCCCACGCUGAGGCAGCGUUUGAGGGGGCAUAUAUGCUUGAAGACUUCUCUUUCAAGACCUUCCCUCCUAAACGAGCCGUUGCUAUGGGGGUUAUCCCAACACUGCCGGCGACGGACUCCGAAGGCGAUAGCCCAAUGGAGGGCGUCGUUAUCGUGGGGACCUCUCGUCAUGACGGAGUAUAUGGCAAGUUCGUCAAGCCGCUGGUGAUGUUGGUUGACACGCCUAGAGCUGCUGCAGGGUGGAAGGAGAAACUGGACUGCUGCAGUGCCGCAGCAAUGCAACUGCAAAUAAGAGAGCUACAGGCCCUCUUACAACGAGAAAGGGCUGCUGCGAUCCGAGAAAGAGAAGCUACAGCAUUGAUCUCAAAGCAGCAUGAACUGGCUUUGAUGGAAACCGAAGGGUCCAAGAGGACUCUCCUAUUGGAAAUUGAACGGCUUCAGCAGAGGAACCAAAGACUGCAGGCGUCUGGGGAAGUCACUGAAAAGGCGGCCGCCGAAUAUGUUGACCAAAAGCACCACGAGGUGUCAUUCCUUCAGAAUGAACUUGCAACUCAACUCGCAGGAAGCAAGCGUCUGGAGGAGGAAAUCGUGCGGCUACGAGAAGUGCUGAGUUCUUCUCAGCAAAAGGCUCAAAGCCUUGCGGCAGAAAAUAGUCAGCUAAACUGCAAAGUGGCGGACUUUUUGAAAGACCUUGAAGAUGCCAGAGACAACCCCUCUCGUUUCGCUCUGCUGAUGUCUCGUCUUCGAGCAGCAAACCAAAAGACGACAAUCGAGAACAAACGUCUUCGGGAGGAGAACGCCUCUUUGACGCAAAACUUCCACCAACUUGAAGAAAAGUUCAAAGAAAAGGUUGUUCUUAUUCGUCAAAUAGCCGAAAGAGGAGACAUUUUCGAUCUAUUGCGGAAGUGGCUGACUUGCAGCGAGCGCAAGAUCCGGUUUUAUGAACAAGGAUACAAAUGGACUGCGCAGCAGGAAGAGGAUGAGCUCAACAAAAUCGAAGAGCUACAACGUGCCAUCCGGGUGGCCGAGGCUGCAGCUCGAUCGAGCUACAUAUCCCACCGCGCAUUCCUUCUAGGCGAGCAGCUGAAAGCGUGCACCACAAAUUCGUCUUACGGGGACAUCUACUUCUUCCUGAAGGUGACUCUAGAACGAUUUGGAUGGCUGUUUGGUGAUGUUGAGCCUUACCAGCCGACAGACGAGGACAAUCGAGAAGUUCCCUUCUGGAGAGAUGCAGGAGACCGUUUUGCACCCAUUCCUCUGCGAGAGCAAAUCUACCCGUUUGGAGGUCUAGAAGGCGGCCCUCAGCUGAGUCUGGUGCCUGACGUGUGCGUGCUACGCUCUGUGGAAAAAUUGGUGCCCGCUGGGGAGUACAUGAAGCUGAAGAACACGCAUGCCUUGCUUGAACUAGACUUUUCCGAACUAAAGGAAACUGUCGACAAACUCGUGGAGUGUAGAACACGCAUGAGAGAUUUGAAAACUCAGUGUGCCCUCAACCAGGCAUCCUCCGAAUGGAAGUUCUUCACUGCGCAUCAGGCUGCCUUAGUCGACGAAACAGCGGUAGAGGAGGAGGGAGACGCAAAAAUAAAUGGAAGACCUAUCGCUUAG